AUGAAAUCAUUGAGCUUUAGCAUUUUCUAACUCCUUUUAUUGGGUUUUAUUAUGUUACCAGACAAGGUCUAUUCUUAGAGUAUCUGCUAAUCUGAUGACUACAUAGGAUUUCUUCAAGGUUUUGCGUAUGGGUAAUCAGAGAAAACAUUUGAUGUCUCUUCUUUCUAAUCUCCUUGCUAUGUUCAGCACACAAAAAUGGGCGUUUUUGUUACGGACAUUUACUACGCUUUCGAAACUUUUACAUUUUGGAAAAUGAAUACAUUUUUCAACAUACUAUUUACGAAUCUUGCCAACAUAGCAAUUCAAUAAUCUGACUUAAAUGUGGCCUGCGCAAAUGAUAAGAAAAUAAAGUAGCUAAAUCAAAGAGUGACAACUUUUGCAGGAUUUUUCGAUAUGAUCUCACUAUUGACAUUCAAAUUGUACUUUGGGACUGAUAUAACUGAUGCUUUCAAUGUAAUUGGGAAUUACAAACAAAAGAGUUGUAAGAGCGUAGGAGAAAAAUUCGGUUAUCUUCUCAAAGAAUUGAUUCAAGCAGGAGCACCAUUAACAAUAGAUUCUUAAGUAACUGUGGUAUAUGCUACUUCGUAGGUUGAUGAUGGCAUUAGCACAAAACCCCCUCAAUGA